UAAAUUUCUUAUUUCUCCCCCGCUCGGAUUGGAAGAGUCGAAAAGCUAGAAAGCCCCUUGCUGGAGUUUCUUACGUGGCGACUACCGAUUGGUGCUUGUCACGUGUCUCACACUCUGAUUGGCCGCGACAACACGAACCCUGAGUUUGCUCCCAAGUUCCGUGCACCUCUUAUAUCAAACUGUACUGACGUACUCAUCGAGAUCAUCUCUGUGAGUGGGCUUCGCUUCGCUUAGCUCUUUCUCUCUCUCUCUCUGGUUUUCUACUGGAGCGAUUCAAUCGCAGAGAGACUCAGAUCGGGAAACAAUCACCACCGCGAGUCUGCGUUGCGCCGCGUUUUCUCUUGGAAGGGAUUCGUGAAAGGAAGGAAAGAUGAGCCGAGCUAAGCUGCCCCAGGUCUCUGUGGGAGUGGCGCUACUCUCCGUCGUCUUAGCCGUAAUUUCAUUCGCCCCGCAGUUGCGCGCGACCGGUGACAAAACGAUCUUGUUCGAGUCGUUCGAUGAGCCGUUUGAAGGCCGAUGGAUUGUCUCCGAAAAAGAUGACUACAAAGGUGUCUGGAAGCACUCCAAGAGUGAGGGACAUGAGGAUUAUGGCCUUCUUGUGAGCGAGAAGGCUAAAAAGUACGCAAUCGUGAGAGAGCUUGAGAAUGAAGCGGAUCUGAAAGAGGGUACCACCAUCCUGCAGUUUGAGACCCGCCUCCAGAACGGGCUUGAAUGUGGUGGUGCGUAUCUGAAAUAUCUCCGGCCACAGGAAGCCGGGUGGGUAGCUAAGGAGUUUGACAAUGAGUCCCCGUAUUCCAUCAUGUUUGGACCAGACAAAUGCGGAGGCACAAACAAGGUUCACUUCAUUUUCAAGCACAAGAACCCAAAGAGUGGGGAGUAUGUGGAGCACCACCUCAAGUUCCCGCCUUCCGUUCCUUCUGAUAAGCUCACCCAUGUCUACACUGCCAUUUUGAAACCAGACAAUGAGCUGAGAAUUCUCGUCGAUGGUGAAGAGAAAAAGAAGGCGAAUUUCCUUUCAUCAGAAGACUUUGAGCCUGCCCUGAUUCCUGCCAAGACAAUCCCCGACCCAGAUGACAAGAAACCCGAGGAUUGGGACGAGAGAGCUAAAAUUCCUGACUCCAAUGCCGUGAAGCCUGAUGACUGGGAUGAAGAUGCACCCAUGGAGAUUGAAGAUGUGGAUGCUGUAAAACCCGAAGGAUGGUUGGAUGAUGAGCCUGAAGAUAUUGAUGACCCUGAGGCCAGCAAACCAGAAGAUUGGGAUGAUGAGGAGGAUGGUGAGUGGGAAGCACCAAAGAUUGACAACCCAAAGUGUGAGUCAGCACCUGGUUGUGGUGAAUGGAAGAGGCCCAUGAAGAGCAACCCUGCCUAUAAGGGGAAAUGGCAUGCUCCUAUGAUUGACAACCCUAGCUACAAGGGUAUUUGGAAGCCUAGGGAGAUUGCCAACCCUGACUACUUUGAGCUUGAGAAGCCUGAUUUCGAACCCAUUGCUGCCGUCGGUAUUGAGAUCUGGACGAUGCAGGAUGGUAUUCUGUUCGACAACAUCUUGAUAGCUAAAGACGAGAAAGAGGCAGAAUUGCACCGGGAGGGACCGUGGAAGCCAAAGUUUGAUGCCGAGAAGGAGAAACAGAAGGCCGAGGAGGCUGCAGCUACUGGAUCGGAUGGUCUUGCGGGCAUCCAGAAGAAGGUAUUCGACACCCUUUACAAGAUAGCGGAUAUUCCAUUCUUGAAGGAUCACAAGGACAAAAUCAUUGAACUCGUGGAGAAGGCAGAGAAGCAACCAAACCUAACAAUCGGUGUCCUUGUUUCCAUCGUUGUCGUGUUCCUCACCGUUUUCAUUAAGAUCAUUUUUGGUGGGAAGAAGCCAGUCAAGGUUGAGAAAAAGCCAGCACCUGCGGCAGCCACUGAAGUUUCCAGUAAAGAAGGGAGCAGCGGAGAGAAAGAGGAGGAGAAGGAUGAGAGCACAUCAACGGGCGCUCCUCGCCGGAGGACAACCAGGCGCGAGUAGUUGCUUGCCAGUUGGAAAAAGGACGAAUGAGAUGGAUGGCUGUGUCUCCUUUGGUAGGAUCGAUCUACUGUUUUUAUUUUCCCCUUAGCCGAAAGUUUCCCCUGUAGAACUUGUUAAAGCGUAGUUGGUUUUUCAAUUUUGUGGCUGGGUGGAUGGUUCUUUGUAAGUUGGUAAAUUUUGACGUUGUUUGUGCUUGAACAUGAAACAGAGUGUAAGAGAAAAGAAAAGGCGACAUUUACCAUCUCUCACAGCUAAUGGUUAGUUAGCUAAUACUAGCUUGUGUCGUUAGACUACUUUAGUCUUUUUGGUGUACCAAGUUUGAUGUUAGUAAAUGAACAUUUUCUGCUCAUUUGUCGCAGACGACUAUUUCUCAUGGAGGUGAUUUCCUCUCUCAUGAGUUCGGCUCAGCUAGAUUGCCCAAUGUCCCUCUUGCAAUUAGGGGUGUCCAUUC